AUGGAGGAGGUUGGCAUUGAAAAAAGCAAGAAAAAAGAUGAUGAGAGAGGAGGAGGAGAGUCGGAGAAGGAGGGAGACAUGGGCCCCUCGUUACGCUCUGGGAUUACCGUCUGCCUGCUCAUCACCUUGGCUCAGGUGAUCGCCGUGAACGGCCAAGAAGAUGCCAAGAACGAUUCCUGUACAGAGGACGGCAAAGUCUACUCCAACAAUCAGAUAUGGAACCCGGACCCGUGUCGAGUCUGUGUUUGUGAUACGGGCACGGUGUUUUGUGAGGACGUGGUGUGUGAGGAUGUGGAUCACUGCGAGACCACAGAGAUCCCAGAGGGCGAGUGCUGCCCCGUGUGCUCGGCCGCAGCACAUUGGCCUGCCGCUCACACAGAAACUGACACCUGCACAGAAAAUGGAAAAGUCUACGCCCACAAUGACAUGUGGAACCCGGAGCCGUGUCGGAUCUGUGUGUGCGAUAUGGGGACCGCCGUGUGUGAAGACGUGGUUUGCGAGGACCUUGGCAACUGUCUGAAAACUGAGACCCCAGAGGCCGAAUGUUGCCCUGUGUGCUUGACUGAAGCUCCAUCAUCAGCUCCCAGUUCAGACCCCACAGCAGCUGCAGAUGAGAAGACAGAGGAAAGCUGCACGGUCGAUGGGGAGGUCUACCAGCACAACAACAUCUGGAAACCAGAGCCAUGUCACGUGUGCGUUUGUGACAAUGGUGUCGCCAUCUGCGACGAGGUGCAGUGUGAACUGGUGUCAAACUGCGAGAAGGUGGUGACCCCCGAGGGAGAAUGCUGCCCCGUGUGUGAGAACUUCGCCAGUGCCAGCAGGGCGAUAGAAAUGAUGGCCUUCAAGGGCCAGAAAGGUGAACCAGGUGAUAUCCCAUAUGUGGUGGGGCUUCCUGGACAUACAGGCCCCUCGGGUCCUCCAGGAGCUCAGGGAAGAAGUGGACAAAGAGGCUUUAAAGGCAGACGGGGAUUGAAAGGGCCUCAAGGAUUUGAUGGAGAGCCCGGAGUGCCAGGAAAUCCAGGAGAGGCGGGACCACCAGGCCAACCUAUCCACCCAGGGGGUAACCUGUUGUCCCAGAUGGCUGCAGGUUUCGGAGAGAAGUCCAGUGUGGCUGGGAUGGUGUCCGGAUCGAGGGGUGAAGGAGGACCACGAGGCCCUCAUGGGUCACCUGGGCAACAAGGUGCAGCUGGGAGUCAGGGGAUGCCAGGAGACGCUGGAGAACCAGGACAAAUGGGUGAGCCGGGUCAUCGAGGACCAGAGGGGCCUCCAGGGAAAACUGGACAUGAUGGAGAAGCUGGAGCUGCAGGUGCCUCAGGAGAACCAGGAUUUCCAGGAUCUCUGGGUGCGAGGGGAUUCCCAGGACUUCCAGGUCAUCCAGGACUUAAGGGUCUAAAGGGAAAUGGUGGUCUUGGUGGGUCAAGAGGCGGGUUUGGAUCGGUCGGAACUAAGGGUAAAUCUGGUACUCCGGGUACGAUGGGUGCUGCAGGCCCAAUGGGACCAGGGGGCAUGCAGGGAGAACGAGGCAGAGCCGGACCUACUGGUCCUCUGGGAAAACGUGGUGAAAACGGACAUGUUGGCAAACCUGGUCCUAUGGGUCCAAUAGGAAUCCAUGGAGUUCCAGGAUUUCCCGGUAACGCAGGAAUGAAGGGUGAAGCAGGACCAACAGGGGUCAGAGGAAGUCCAGGACGGCAGGGUUCCAGAGGGGAUGGGGGUCACCUGGGACCAGCUGGUCCACCGGGAGAGCAGGGUGCUGGUGGACCCGAUGGGGCUCCAGGUAGCCGCGGAUCUUCUGGUAUAGCAGGUGUCCAGGGUCCAGCAGGCCUGUUGGGUCAACCUGGUCCCCCCGGCCCCCAGGGAACUACUGGAACACCAGGACCAAAAGGCCAAUUGGGAGAAGGUGGACUGUCUGGAUUCAAAGGAGAAGCUGGAUUCAAGGGAGAAAGAGGCAACCACGGCGCUCCAGGUCCUUUGGGCCCGAUGGGAGAUGAAGGGAAGCGUGGACCCCGAGGUGAUGGAGGAUCCAUCGGAACUGCAGGAGCUUCAGGAGAGACAGGAGCUCCAGGAAAUAGAGGAUUCCCAGGUGCAGAUGGUUUACCAGGACAAAAGGGACUCCAGGGUGAGAGAGGGCUGGCAGGGUCGACCAGUGCCAAAGGUUUAUCUGGAGAUCCAGGACGUACUGGAGAGCCAGGUCUAACAGGAGCUCGGGGUCUAUCAGGACUUCUUGGCGUCCAGGGAUCAGAGGGAAAGCAAGGACCAAUGGGCUCAGCAGGAGACGAUGGUAAACAAGGCCCAGCUGGUUCCACGGGGAACCGAGGUUCUGCUGGACCGAUGGGCCUGCCCGGACCGAAAGGCUUCGCUGGUGAUGCUGGGAAGAUUGGAGAGGCCGGCAGCUCUGGGGCUCCAGGUCAAAGGGGGGUGAAUGGAAAAGACGGAGAGGAGGGCGCUGCUGGUCCAGCUGGUCCGGCUGGUCUUGCAGGAAAGAGAGGAGAGCAGGGACCACAGGGACUGCAUGGUUUCCAGGGUUUGCCAGGAAUGCCAGGACCACCAGGAGAGUCAGGAAAACCAGGUGUUGAGGGCCUUGCUGGAGAGGCUGGUGCUAGUGGAGCUACAGGUCCAAGGGGAGAAAGAGGCCCUCCAGGAGAGAGAGGUGAAAUCGGGUCCAAUGGGCUGCAGGGACCCAAAGGUAGUCCAGGUGCACCAGGACCAGAUGGGCCAAAGGGUAGCCUUGGUCCAAAGGGUGCUGUCGGAGAGGCGGGAGGUCCAGGACUUCAGGGGAUGCCAGGAGAGAGAGGCUUAUCUGGACCUUCAGGCCCAAAGGGAGAUGCAGGCUCUGCUGGAGAGGGCGGACCGGAGGGGAAAGAGGGAUCUGAUGGAGCUCGGGGGCUCCCUGGUGCUGUUGGACCUGCUGGUUCUGGUGGACCCAAUGGAGAGAGGGGAGAAACCGGCCCACCAGGACCUACAGGACGCCGAGGAACAAGAGGAACCACUGGUUCUACUGGUGACACUGGUCCUACUGGUGCCGUUGGCUUCCCUGGACCUGCUGGUCCGGAUGGUCAGCCUGGGGUCAAAGGUGACACAGGAGAGGCAGGUCUGAAGGGAGAGGGAGGAGCUCCUGGACCUCAGGGGAUGGCUGGGAGAUCAGGAGGACAGGGACCCGUUGGUGUGACUGGACUGAAAGGUGGCAGAGGAACACAGGGUGCAACAGGCUCUCCUGGUUUUCCUGGACUUCCUGGAGGAGUCGGACCAGUUGGUUCUAAUGGUGCUGUCGGACCAGACGGGCCCAUAGGUGCUCCUGGAAAGACCGGAGCUGGUGGGAUUGUCGGGGAGAACGGAUCUCCAGGACGUCAAGGAGAGAGCGGACCUGCAGGUGCACCGGGCAGCGCCGGAGAGAAGGGAGAGUCUGGAGAGGACGGCCAUGGGGGUCCUGAUGGGCCUCCAGGACCUAAUGGUGCCGCAGGACAGCGAGGGGUUGUGGGUCAGCCUGGACUCAGAGGAGAGGCCGGCAUGCUGGGUCUGCCAGGUCCUGCUGGUCCACCUGGAAAAUCCGGAGCUCCUGGAGUUAAGGGAGGCACAGGACCCGCAGGAGGAAUCGGUUUACCGGGAGCCAACGGGCCAAGAGGAGACGCCGGACCUGAGGGUUUCGCUGGAGCAGAUGGGCCUCCUGGGAAGGACGGCCUCAUCGGGGAGAGGGGAGACAGGGGUAAUGCUGGUCCAGAGGGUCUGCCUGGUACUCCAGGGUCUCCAGGAACAGAGGGUCCGAUUGGGAUGACGGGCGGUCCAGGACAAAGAGGCGAGAACGGUGCCAGAGGCACCGCUGGACCCCAAGGACCAGCUGGAGUACGAGGGAAAGUGGGCCCUCAAGGACCACAGGGAGAGAAAGGAGCAGCUGGAGAACAAGGAGAGAGGGGUCAGAAAGGUCACAGAGGUUUCACCGGACUCCAAGGUUUACCAGGAAUAUCUGGCGCCACAGGAGACCAUGGAGCGAUAGGUAUUGUUGGACCAGCUGGGCCGAGGGGUCCUCCAGGAGUGGCCGGUCCUCCAGGAAAGGAAGGAAACAUCGGUCAGCCCGGACCAAUGGGUGCUCCCGGAAGCAGAGGAUCCGGUGGGGAAAUCGGUGCACAGGGUCCACCUGGUGAUUCUGGACCCUCCGGCCCUCCAGGCCCCCCCGGACCUCCCACCUCGGCUUUUGAAGACCUCUAUGCUGGCCUUUACGACUACGAGGGUAACGGCGGCAUGCCCGAGGCCGUGGACUUCAUCGAGGACGACGUGGCUGCCGAUCUACCAGAGAUCAAUGGAGAUGAAGCUCUUCCCAAUAAGAAGUCUGCCGUCCUGCGUGCAGACACGGGGGUCCAGGCCACACUGAAGACCCUCAGCGGACAUCUGCAAAACCUCCGCAGUCCUGAUGGAAGCAAGGUGAACCCUGGGAAGAGCUGCCAGGACAUCAAGCAGUGCUACCCUCAGAAGCAGAGCGGUGAGUACUGGAUUGAUCCAAAUCAAGGAAGCACUAAAGAUGCCAUCAAGGUCUUCUGUAAUAUGGAAACUGGUGAAACCUGCAUCUCUGCCAACCCGGCCAACAUUCCCCGCAAAGCCUGGUGGACCAAAUCCAGUCCCAGCGCCAACAAACCCGUCUGGUUUGAAGCAGACAUGAACGGUGGAACCAAAUUCCGCUACGGAAACACUGAGGAGCAGCCCAACGUGGUGGCGGUUCAGAUAAAGCUGUUGCAGCUUUUGUCCAAGGAGUCGCACCAGAGCAUCACCUACCACUGCAGGAACAGCGUGGCCUAUAAAGACGAGAAGACCACCAACCUGAAGAAAGCUCUGGUCCUCAGAGGCUCCAACGGCCAGGAGCUGAGAGCGCAAGGAAACGUGCGCCUCCGGUACACCGUCCUCGAGGACGGCUGCACGAAAUCGAACGGAGAGUGGGGCAAGACGGUGAUUGAGAUCAGGACUCAAACUUCUGCCAGGCUGCCCGUCGUGGACGUGGCCCCCAUGGACAUUGGAAAACCAGAUCAGGAGUUUGGCCUGGACAUCGGCCCUGUGUGCUUCUCAUAAAACAACACAAGAUGGACAGAAACAGCCCUUUAUAGAGAAGGAACAUCAUCACCAGUAAAUUAGAGUAUAUGGACUCGUCUUUCUGUGAGCGUACAAGUCGAUGGAGGUAAGAUUCUUCUACACAUGGCUGCGUUUCCCAAAAGCUGUUGAAGUACAGUGUUUCUGCUGUAUGACAGGCAGGACACUAACGUAAUUUAUUCACCUACUAUCUGGAGCACCAGUACUCUACAGGGAAAUGCAUGUGGAUGGAAAAAGUGAAGUCUGAGGUGCUAACAUGAAACCUAAGUAGAGCUUAAAUGGAUUGUAAACUUGCAUAAACUGGAAAAACAGCCAAUAAUAUUAAAACUGAAAGAGAUGUAGUCUGAGAGCAGAUUACAUUAGAACUAUUAUAGUGAAUAAAAGCAAUAAACACUUUUCAUUUGGCUUUUUUUCUCCAGUAAAUGCACGUGCAGAGGCCUGGAUAGGGCAAGAGUUAAUAUAGCAAUGUUUUAAGUUCUUAAUUUUAAUGGAAUA